AUGAGGAAUCUAACCUCAUAUAGUAAUAACAACGUUACCAGCUGUACCAAUGGUUGGGUGUAUGAUACUACAGGAUCAUCAAUAGUAACAGAGUUUAAUCUUGUGUGUGAUGACUCGUGGAAGCUGGACCUUUUCCAGUCAUUUGUGAAUUUUGGAUUUUUCCUUGGCUCUUUGUUUAUUGGAUACAUAGCAGACAGAUUUGGUCGCAAACCAUGUCUUUUAAUUUCUCUCCUGGUCACUGCUAUUUUUGGUGUCCUUGUGGCAUUUGCUCCAACGUAUCCGUGGCUGGUUACCUUCCGCUUUAUUCAGGGCUUAGUCAGCAAAGGCAGUUGGUUGUCAGGAUAUAUUUUGGUUGCAGAGUUUGUUGGCUUGGAUCACAGAAGAACUGUCGGGAUUGUAUACCAAGUUGCAUUUACAGUUGGACUUCUGGCACUUGCAGGAGCGGCUUAUGUCAUUACAAAUUGGAGAUGGCUUCAGCUGGCAGUCACUCUGCCAAACUUUGUGUUCCUGACAUAUUACUGGUGUGUUCCAGAAUCACCCCGAUGGCUCCUAUCCCAAAAUCAGAAAAAUAAGGCCAAAGAAAUUAUUGAGCAUAUUGCUAAGAAGAAUAAGAAACCUAUACCCCAUACUUUACAGAGUUUAACUGCAAAUGAAGACACUGGCGAGAAACAAAUUCCAUCUUUCAAAGAUCUUUUCAGAACUCCCCAGAUAAGGAAACACACUUUCAUUUUAAUGUACAUCUGGUUUACAUGUGCUGUCAUUUACCAGGGACUAAUUAUGCACAUGGGAUCCACGGGUGAAAACAUUUACUUAGACUUUUUUAUCGCUGCUAUGGUGGAAUUCCCUGCAGCGUAUAUAAUAAUAGUUACAGUGGAUCGCAUUGGACGCCGAUAUCCUUGGGCAGUGGGUUGUUUUGUGACAAGUCUAGCCUGCCUUGUUACUGCUUUCAUUCCUGAAGGUUUACAAUGGCUAAGAGUGACUUUAGGAUGUUUAAGCAGAAUGGGGAUUACACUUUCUUAUGAAAUGAUUUGUUUGGUGAAUGCUGAGCUUUAUCCAACUUUUAUCAGGAAUCUUGGCAUAAUGGUCUGCUCAUCAAUGUGUGAUCUGGGAGGAAUAAUUACACCAUUUAUUGUUUAUCGGCUGUCAAAUGUCUGGAAGGAGCUACCACUCAUAGUAUUUGCUGUAAUUGGAACACUUUCAGCAGUUCUUGUUCUGUUUCUUUCCUGA